AUGUCAACAUUUACUUUAAGCAAAACCCAAAAGAACAAACCUUUAUUACUUUCUAAAGGAUUUACUUAUACUAUUGAUAAAACAACUGACGAAAAAACUUAUUGGAAAUGCGAACAUGUUCGAAAACUUAAAUGCAAAGGUAAAGUUCACACUAAUUCUAUCAAUACAGCAUUUUUAUAUGAAAACGACAAUCAUAAUCAUAAUGGCAAUGCCUUUUCAAUUGAAAUUAGAUUAUUUGAAGAAAAAGUUCGUGAUAGAGCUACCAAUUCCAAUGAAACUACACCGGCUGUUAUUGAUAAUUGUCUCACUAAUUUAUCUGACCAUGCUGUUGCUCGUCUUCCUGAGUUUAAACAUAUUAAACGGAAUAUUCAAAAUCAACGUGGGCAAAAUAAUUUACCAAAAAUCACUCAUGACAAAACAUUUGAUCGAAUUCCGGCUCAGUUAACAACAACAAAAAGAAAUACUGCAUUUCUACAAUAUGAUUCUGGUCCAGGCAACGAUUGA